UGUCGUGGUUUAAAUUGUUCGGCCGGUGAAAGACCGCAUCAGAGAAAGAGGGAGAGAGAAAGAGAGAGAGAGAGAGAGAGAGACCCGAUCUACUUUUGACCGCCUGUUUCGCUUCUUCCCUGGUGGAAUGUUCGCUUCUAUCUCUUUCGAUUCGACUUCCUUUCAACGAUCUUCCUAGAAGCUUGCAAUUCAUUUAUUCCCUGUAAUUUCCUGCAAUUUCCCUGCUGUUGUCUGCCAGGGUAGUUAUGCAUGAGCUGUUGUGCUGAGCUUUACUAACUUCCAUGCCAUCUCCUGUUCAUCCGCAGCGUCCCUCCAACCGCGGGGGAGCCGCCAAAGUCUCACCCACCAAGACAAAACCCCUCGAUAUCGGUCGGCCUUUGGGAAUCUACGAUACCAAUUCCGUGCGAGAAAAAGUGCGCAAAUGGCAACAGCAAGGAGGAGGGGUGAUCACCGCCAACGACGGAGUCUACUACGACGAUGAGGAGGAGAACAACUCCGCCGCCGAAUCCAAGCCUAAACUCGCCAAUGAAAAGCCCUCCGGCAGCUCCAACAGCUCCGUAAUCACCAGAAUGCGAAGCCAAAGCACCCCGCGCAAACGAGUCAUCAGUGAUGAGCACUGGAAGUUGAAUCGGACGCCCACCCAGGCUCAGGCCGCUGCCGCGAAACUACCGGCCCCCAAGCGCAUCUCCGAGUACACAACAAACGAUGCACUACGCUCGGCGCGCAAUCCGGGCAAGGACGACGAUGGGAUCUCGCCCCCCACAUCACGAAGUCGCGACCGGGACCGCUCCACGGAUCUGGCGACGAGGGAGCGGAGGAAGUCCCGUGCAUCGCGGGAUGUGGAGACAAUACCAGAGGAAAGGGGGGAGGAGAACAGUGGAUCGCACAAUGGAUCCUCGAAGUCGACUUCGCGACCGUCCUCGGGGAAAGGGCAUACUCGUGCCAAAUCAGAGCAGCCGCAAAGUUCGAAAUACAAGGAUCUGCCUCUAGACGACGACUCAGAGUGGGCAACGAGCGAGGCGGACUUCUCGGAAUUGUCCAGGCGCCGCGCGCGAGGCUCUAACCCGACGCCCAAGGCUCCGACGCCCAAGGCUCCGUCCCCUAAAGGGCCUGGCCUCAAUGCGCUUAAAGCCCGGAUGGCCGCGAAACCACCGAAAGGAGGGAUCUUUGAGCACAUGCUAGAUGCAUCAAAAGAAAUAUUUGGCAAACCCGAGCCACCCAAACCAGCACCACCCCGGGGCGCCAAAAUCCAAGCAUGGCUGUCCAAUACUCCAGACCCCUUUUCGGAGGGUAUCGAAUCGGAUGUAGAGGUUCCGGCGCCGCUGAAGAUGAGGUUUGGCAAUGGUAAACCGACCACCAAAUCCGAAAAGUCGCAUGGGAGCGAUGUGGAGCAUUCCUUGGAUAGUGACACUCCCCGCCAAGACGCGCCGUCGCGGCGAAGCAAGGGAGAUGGGAAUUCCCCGGCAAGCGACCGAGCCAAGCCAAAGGAAGAGGUUGCUAGGGGUUCGGGAGCUCACAGAGAUGGUAGUGCCUCAUCGAAGAAGAAGCACGGUGAAAGCACAGGCAGCCGACCAUCAUCCAGAGGCAAAGAUUUGCCUCUCCGAGAGCGUCCUCGUGACAUGAAGGAUGAUGUGUCUGAGGCUGGAACACAUCCGCUCUCUGAGGGCUCGGAAGUGUCUGGUAACAGUGCGCCUGUACCGCUGGGGCGCACGAAGCCUAUCCCUACCACUGGAGCGCACCCUCUAACUACAAUCGCUUCUGUGGAGUCAAUGAGUAAAGGAGCUAAUGCUGCAGCGGCAUCCGUUCCGGAAACGCAGGAAUCUUCAGCCAAGGCAAAGGAAGACGACGAAGAGCGGGACUCAUUCGACCCGAACUCACUGCCUGUGGUUUCCUCCCAACUUAAAAGACGACUCACUACCCAUGACGAUCUAAUCUCAGUCUUGUCAGCCCCAAACAGCAGGAGCAGAAGCCUUCGGUCUGCGAGGAGCUUGAAGACGAAGAACCGUGUGGCCUCGGAGACCAUCCCAGACAUACUCAAGGAGUUGUCUGCCGACGAAGCGAAGUAUAUGCGUGAGCUGAAGACUUUGGUCGGCGGUGUGAUUCCUGUCCUCCUGACUUGCGUGCUUUCACGGUCUGAUUCUGCAAUCGCAGCUGGUCUGUUUCGACCGUCCGCGGACCCCAAAGACGAAGUCAAUUUCAGCAAGCCCAUCGUCGAUAUGGGUGUGGCCAUUGAGCGGCUGAAGACCUUGCACAAGCGGAUUCCCGAAGACAAUGUCGAUGCGCUACUGAACUGGGCACAUGGGGCACAAAGGGUGUAUCGCGAGUACCUGAAAGCCUGGCGGUUAGGAUUCAAGGACGUCAUCGUGAAUCUUGCGCCCUUGGAGGAAGGAGAAGGGGCAGAAAAUGCCGACACCAAGAGCCUGGACGAGGGCAUGGCAAGAGACGAGAAUGGGGACGUCGUGGAUAGCGACGGCGAAAAAGUCGAUGUUGCCUAUCUCUUGAAGCGACCACUAGUGCGCCUGAAAUACCUUGCAAAGACCUUCAAGGGGAUCAAGACGCUGCAACCAUCCCCCAAAGCAGAAGAAAUCGCCUCGGGCUAUCAGACGUUGGUGACAGAAGCUCGUCGCCGUGCGAGGGAGGAAAGAGCCAGGCUUGAAGACGAGUCGGCGGCCAGCAUUGAUGCGACACGCGCGCGCGAUCCUGCGACAUUGGGUGCUCUGACUGAGGUGACCGUGAAUCGGUCUCGACGAGUUCGUGCCCGUGACUUCUUUAAUCUAUCUCUGUACCAUUCCAGUGGGCAAAUGAUCGAUUGUCGUGCAGAACUUCUCUUGAGAGACGCCACCCCACAGAACAGAGGGGAAGGCGACCUCCUGAUCUGUGAGAUCGAUCAUACGGAUCGUUGGCUACUGUUCCCUCCCAUAGCGCUGAACUGCGUCUCUGCGCGGAAUGGAGAUACUAAGGGGGAGAUUAUUGUUAUGUUGCGAAGCGCUCCAGGGCAGGAGAAAGCAUGGCAGGAGCUUCUCAUUCUUCAGAUCGAGGAGGAGGAGAUUGGGAAUGAAUGGGUGCAGAUGCUGGGUCUAGUCCCUGUUCCACCGGCAAUCUGCCGUACUCAGAGCUUCAUCGACCGAGCCAAGCAACGAAAACGGGCACAGACGAUCUCAUCCUCCACCGAGGCUUCUCAAGUACAGCGAGCGCCUCCAAGUCCGACAAACGUCAACAUACCGAUUGGAGAGAAGGCUGAGAUUCGAGCUAAGCGUCGAUCUCUGACGCCUCGUGACCAAUUCUCUGAGCCAGGUACCUUCGGAUCUUCAUGGGCCAACGACUCGUAUACCUCGUUGCACAGUGCAAUGACGCGGGAGUCUGAUUAUGCUACGGGCGAAGGAGAAAAUACUUCCAAGGCUUCGCCCCGGUCUCAACCUAUCCUUCACGCGAGGGAGCCGCGAAAGAGCUUCACCGGCGAUGACAGACCGCACGGGCUCAAGCGCUCCAAGGCCAAGCGGGUUUCGCGCUACGGCGAGAGUACGCCCACGGAACCAAUCGUGGACAAGGGCAAGGCCCGAGAACCCGAGGAAAUCAGACCUGUCGAACAGAAAAAGCCCAAAGAACAAGAUCGCCCCCAAAGGCCGCCUAUGCCGGAUAGAAGGUUGUCCUCCGUGCCAUCGAUGGACCUUCCCGUGAUCCCCAAGCUCCGAAGAGGCAGUAGCCAGACAUACAUUACUGACUCGCUGGCAUCCACCUCGGACGAUGACGAUUAUUCCGCCAUUGAGUCGGCCUAUUUCACUGAGACUCCAACGGAGCAGGAAGAGCCUCCAGCCCCGCCACCGCAUUCUCGCUCACCGAGUUCGACCGGCUCAAGUCUAUCCAAUGCUCCAGUGCUAAGCCCAGGCAAUGGACGCCUCAAGCGUCGUGGCUCUUCGCCCUUGAAACACGAGUAUGAACCGUCCACCGCUUCAGACUCUUACUCAGAUUCUGACACGUCAACUGUGCGGCGCUAUGACAUGCAGUCGGGGUCAGAAUACUCGGCAACGGACAGCUCCGACGACGAGACCGAAGAUGAACUUGCGUCCUUGCCAACCCGCCAGCUUUCCAAGUCCCAUGUGCAGGACUCCGUCAUGACCUCUGCUAGCACCUCCUUGUCCUUGACAAAUGCAGCAUCCGAGGGCGGGUAUAGAUCGGUUCCGUCGCAGCCCGCCAAGUCGUCUGCCGCCAUCGCUGCCGUCUUUGCCUGGUCCGAUAAGGGUUCUUGGGAAAGCAUAUUCCCCGAUGAGUGCAAGGUCAUUGUUAGCCCCGGGCUGAUUGAGGCGUACAAUAUGAGCGAUGCUCCUAUGGGGAUGGAAGAUGAAGCCACGUUGAAAAAGCUCCGCCCGCUGGUUGCGCUUGAGCUUACCCCCCUUGUUCCUAUCCGACGUGGUACAGCGAUCGACAUCAGCAUUCGCUCCCCACCGACCAAACGCUCGAAGAUCAAUUGGAGUAACAACAUCAUGUUCCGCUCACGGAAUGCAGAUGAGUGCGAGGUCCUGUAUGGGCUCAUCAACCACGCGCGCAUCAACAACCCCACCUACAUCGCCUUGCAGAACGCCCGAGGUCCGUACGCCGACCAAGCCCUUCCCGAGGAGGCCCCCAGCCGAAGCGGCGGCCUGUUUGGUUGGCCCCGGCGCAGGCGAAGCUACCGUGCUGCCACCACCUCCCCACGAUCGCAAGCCGACAACUCCGAUAGCAGCGUAGGCACUGUGAGCAGCGCUUUCUCCGCUCUCAAGCGCUUCGGCGCCGGAAGCAAGAUGUUCAACAUCUCGCGCUCCUCUCUGACAUCCCGCAACGGUCACGGCCAGAAGGAAGACAGUCUCUAUUCCGACUCCCUCGGCUCCCACGCAUCGCCUUCCUCGGGUAUUGGUCGCAUCGCCGCCGCUAUCAAGGGCGUCGACGGCAUCGGGCUGUCCAAUGCUAAGAUCCGACUGUAUAUGCGUGAGACGCAGUCGAAGUGGCGCGACAUGGGCGCCGCGCGACUGACCAUUAUGCCUGCACCGCACACCGAGCCUCGCGAAGCCGGCCGGAGUGACUCAACCACGUUCUCGGAGGGCAUGGACGGAAGUCCCCCGAGCUCCGGGGCUGCAUCCCCGCGUCGGCCCAUGGAAUCCGAGAAGCGCAUCCUCAUCCGCGGCAAGACGCGCGGCGAGGUGCUCUUAGAUGUCUGCCUCGGCGAGAGCUGCUUCGAGCGGGUCGCCCGCACCGGUAUCGCCGUCUCGGUGUGGGAGGAGACCGAGGGCGGCGCCAUGCCCAAGAAGGGCGGCGUCAUGGUGGGAUUCUCGCGGAUCUACAUGAUCCAGAUGAAGAGUGAAGCCGAGGCUGCGUAUACGUUUGGCCUUGUCGGGAAGUCCAAGUAUUAGCUGUCUGCCUCCACAAGUCUUUGAUAUGAUUCCCCUCGUUGCUUUUUCUUUUUUAUCUGUUGUUUUGUUGUCUCAAUCAUCAUGUCUAAAUCUCUCUACCUCAGGUCAAAUCUCCACCCAUUUGAACUUUUUUUUUUCGACUAGCAUGUCCUGAAUCUCAGCGUUUCUUAUUUGUGUCGCUCUGUCUUGCUGCUGCCUGCUAUACGUUAUCUCUGCGCAUACCCCCCCCCGCCCCCAAUUCUCAUACCCCAUUUGUAUUGCUCAGCUCAGUUUCCCUGUUUAUAGCUUUAUACAUACCUUCUUUUUCCACCGCACAGAUCAUUGGUAUUUAUAUCAUGUGGAAUGCGUAUCUACU